UCUUCCUCGAGGGUUAGGGUUGGAUAAGAUUGCGCUUCGUUAAAGCGGCAGAUCGCUCCGCAACGAGUCUCGUCCCAAGACCAAACACACUUUGAGUGUUCCCCUCCGAUAAGAUCCGGUAGACAACUUUUCCGGCUCAACAACGCAAUAAGCCAUGGCUCCUCCUGCCCCUCGACGGCCGGAACGCGCGCCGGCCGCCAGCGCCAACACAGACAGCGGCUCCGGAGCGGGCGCCGCGCGCAAAGAAGACAACAUCUACAUCCCCUCCUACAUCAGCAAACAGCCCUUCUACGUCAGUGGCCUAGACGACCACGACGACUCGCUGCAGCAUCAGCGCUCCCGCGCCGCCCACGAAGCCGAGAACAACUUCACGAUCGAGAGAGGAGCCAGGCAGACAGGACCGGCCCGGACAAAAUGGGUCAAGGGCGCAUGCGAGAACUGCGGCGCCAUGGGCCACAAGAAGAAGGAUUGCCUCGAGCGCCCGCGCAAGUUUGGCGCCAAGAUCACGGGCAGGGACAUCCAAGCAGACCGGACCGUCAGGGAGGUAAACCUCGGGUUCGAGGCGAAGAGAGACGUCUGGGCCGCGUUCGACCCGAAGCAGUAUGACGAGGUGAUGGAGAACCACAGCCUGAUAAUCGAGUCCCGAAACAAAAAGGUAAAGGCCGACGACGCAUUCGAGGAAGGGUUCAAGUACGCGGAGGAGUCGGAGCUCGGCAAGGACAAGACAGUGAAGCAGUCGAUGAGAAUACGGGAGGACACGGCUAAGUACCUACUGAACCUGGACGCGGACUCGGCCAAGUACAACCCCAAAAAGCGCGCGCUCGUGGAUCCCGGCGCGAUAGGCGACAAGUCGGCACAGCUAUUCGCCGAGGAGAGCUUCCUCCGCGCGUCGGGCGAGGCGGCCGAGUUCGAGAAGGCACAGCGGUACGCGUGGGAGGUGCAGGAGAGGACAGGCGACACGUCGCUACAUCUCCAAGCCAACCCCACCGCAGGGGCGCUGGCGCGGAAGAAGGAGAACGAGGAGCGGGAGGCGAAGCGGAGAAAACGAGCCGAGCUGCUCGCGAGCCAGUACGGCGAGCAGCCGACGGUGCCAGAGGCCUUGAAGGCGGCCAUCACCGAGUCGGAGGUGUUCGUCGAGUACGAUGAGGCCGGCCUCAUCAAGGGCGCGCCGAGGAAAGCGGCCAAGUCGAAGUAUCCCGAGGAUGUCUUCAUCAACAACCACACCUCCGUCUGGGGGAGCUGGUGGUCGGAUUUCAAAUGGGGUUAUGCAUGCUGCCAUUCCUUCGUCAAAAACAGCUAUUGCACGGGUGAGACGGGGAAACUGGCAAGUAAAGAACGAGAUCUAUGGGAUAAAUCGGGUGGCGCGCAGGAAGGCGGAACUACUGAGGAUGGUCAAGAUGGUUCAACAUAGCGAUACAGUAUACCCUUAAGGUUGUUGGUCCUCUCCGAAUUCACCUUCAGCAACAUAUCCGGCGGUAAGACUGGCGGGCGCUUGCACUUCCUCAGUCUCCGCAUUGGAACAUUUCUUGGUG